UCUUUCUUUCUCUCUUUCUUUGUGUCUCUUGGUCUCCUUCUCCGUUCUCAAAAAGGAUUUUCUUUUCUUUAUAUUCUUGGUUUUCUUCUCUCCCAAACAAACCCGAAGGUCCGAAACCCUAAGGGCACAGUUCUCAACAAUGUUCUUGAUCAAGCGAGAAAAACCUGAGAUUAUUCCCGAGCUUUUCGCAAACACAAUUGAUCUCAGUAGCAGCGAUAGCAGUGGCUGUACCGAGUCUUCUGAUACCGGCAACUCGAACGCCGAAUCGCUCUUUGUGUCUUUCAGAAUGACUGGAGAAAAUAAGCGGCGGAGUGGAGAUGUAGAAGAAGGAUCGGUAUCGAAGAAGCCACGGAAAUUCGAAAAGGAUUGUUCGGACGUGGUGUUGCCGCCUGGAUUUCUCUCUUCUCUUGCUACUUCAGUGAACCGUACUGCGAUAAACGCUUUGCCGUUGUCGGUAUAUUCUCCUCCGGAGAAGCCUGCCGCCGCCGCGGAGAGUAGGGAAGUAAGUAAGGAGGUUCGCGGUUGCAAGCAGUUUUGGAAAGCCGGAGAUUAUGAAAUUGGCAAUGGUGUCGAUUCUGCUUCGACUUCUGCCGGCAUGGAUCAUGUCAGGGUCCAUCCUAAGUUUCUACAUUCAAAUGCAACCAGCCACAAGUGGGCUCUGGGAGCUUUUGCAGAGCUUCUAGACAAUGCUUUAGAUGAGGUUUGUAAUGGAGCUACACUUGUUCACGUAGAUGUGCUUCAAAACAUGAAAAGUGAGAAUAAAAAUCAUAUGUUGCUAGUUGAAGAUAAUGGUGGAGGAAUGACUCCUGAUAAGAUGCGGCAGUGCAUGUCUCUUGGCUAUUCUGCAAAAAGCAAAAUUGCCAACACAAUUGGUCAAUAUGGAAAUGGGUUCAAGACAAGUACUAUGAGGCUAGGAGCAGAUGUCAUUGUGUUUUCACGCUGUCAAGGAAAUGAUGGACAAAGCUUCACUCAAAGCAUUGGAAUGUUGUCCUACACAUUUCUGAGGGGUACUGGAAAGGAAGAUAUUGUGGUUCCCAUGAUUCAAUAUGAGAAACAAGGACAAAGUUGGAACAAGGUAGUGCGCUCUUCUCUGAGUGAUUGGAAUAGAAAUUUAGCAACCAUAGUGGAGUGGUCACCUUAUGCCAGUGAAGACGAUCUUUUAAAGCAGUUUGAUUCCCUGAAAGAUCAUGGUACACGAAUAAUAAUAUACAAUCUUUGGGAGGAUGACGAAGGACAAUUGGAACUGGAUUUAGACACUGAUCCACAUGACAUUCAACUUAGAGGUGUCAACCGAGAUGAGAAGAACAUACAGAUGUCAGAACAAUAUCCGAACUCCAGACAUUUCUUAACUUAUCGACAUUCUCUAAGGAGUUAUGCAUCAAUUCUCUAUCUCAAACUUCCACCGAACUUCAGAAUCAUUCUCCGUGGAAAAGAUGUUCAACAUCACAACAUAGUGAAUGAUAUGAUGUUGGCAGAGGAGGUGACAUACAAACCUGUGGCUGUGAAUCUUCCUGAGGGAAUUCCAAAAGAUUCAAAUAAGGUUGCUGUUGUGACAAUUGGGUUUGUAAAGGAUGCAAGAGCUCAUAUUGAUGUUCAAGGGUUCAAUGUUUAUCACAAGAACCGAUUAAUUAAGCCAUUCUGGAGGGUCUGGAAUGCCGCUGGCAGUGAUGGUCGUGGAGUUAUUGGUGUAUUGGAAGCUAAUUUUAUUGAACCAGCUCAUGACAAGCAGGGCUUUGAGCGCACAACUGUUCUCGCAAGACUUGAGCAACGGUUAAAUGCAAUCCAAAAGAAAUACUGGUCCACAAAUUGCCAGGAAGUUGGUUAUGCAGCAAGACGCCGUCAACCUGGUUCUCCAGUCAAAGCAUCUCACAAAGAGAAAUCCACUUCAGGCACAGGUUAUGGUCUUAGGCAAUGCACCACUAAUUCUCCAGCCCAUGAAUCUGUAGAACUAUUUACUUCAUGGGCAAAUCAGAAUCGGCGUGGCUCUACUAGCAGGGGUUCUAAACCUAAAUCCAGUGUGAUAAUUAAUAAAGGAUCACAACCAGCAGGGUCUGCAAGUGAAGAUGAAAGUUUUCAUGAAGCCUCACCUUGUUCUGAUGAAUCUCAGUCUCAGCAAGAUCUCACAUCAAAUGGAAUAAGAGAUCAAAUGUUUACAGGUUUACUCUCAAAGGCACCUGCCAUAAACGGUGAUGGACAAGUAUCCUUUAAUGGACUUAGUCUAAUCAAGGUGAAAGAAGAGGAUCUUGAACCAAGGGAAAGAAUGAAGGAACUAUGCAGUCCAGAGAUGGCUAAAUUGCUAACUGAUUUACAGAAGGAAAGAGAAAGAAGUAGAAUAUUUGCAAUUCAGCUUCAGGAGAAAGAACAAAAAUUAGAAGAUAUGGAGAAGGAGCAAGAAAUUCUGAUUGAUAUGAUUUCCAAAGAAAGGGACCAGAAAAUCGUGGAAGAGAAUAAAUUGAGGGAGAAAUUAAGAGAUGCAUCUAAUACCAUUGAACUGCUAAUUGAGAAGGUGAAGCAACUAGAAGGCAGGAAGGGUUGAGUUGCAAGUAAUGAUGAACACUGAAGCACAAUUAACAUAUGAUUGAAGAGCCUUUUAUUUUUUAUAAUUGGCUCACACUAAAUUCUUGUUUAUAUGAUGUUGUACUAGCUAGGGGUGUUUGCUUCACCGUAAAUCUGAAAUAUAGAGCGCAAACCCCUCCCUGUGUUUUAGUUUAGUCAUUAUUAUUAUUAUCUAGAAUUCUUAAUGAAGUUACUAUUUUUUUUUUUUUUUAAAACUAUUAUAGGAGUACA